AUGUCGAAGAGCGUCAGCAUCCCACAGGCCCUCUCCGAGCUCCGGAAGGGCAGUACGCUACGCCGCAAGAGCACGACCAACAAGCGGAAAGUCCCAAAUGCAAAGCUGCCCCUCGCCGGAUUUGUAAUCUUCAUCGCGACGCGCAGCGGGCGGAUCUUAAUAUACGGCACUCCGGCCGAUCGAGCGAAUCUUUCCGUGGGGGAUGAAAUCAUUGGUGUAAAUGACUGGGUGCCGGAUGGGAAAACGCGCGAAGAAGUCGUUGAUCAUGUGCAGCAGUGCAUCAAAACGCGGACAAUCCAGUUGAGGGUUCGGCGUCGCAUCGACGAUACGAUAGAGACGGACCUGAAGCUCGGGCUGGCUAAGGUUACCGACGUUUUUCUGGUAUCUGUCGAACAGUCACAUAUCAAGGGAGUGCUGAAGGUUUUGGAAAAG